GAUCACAUUGAAACAGUUUUCAUGAAGAAGCGCGCGGCAGCUUCAUUCAUACCAAACUUGUCCUAAAUCCAGCGAGCAAAGCGGAAGUAGUUGGAAAUGUAUGAAAAACAACAAGAAAAGCUGCCUGAAAAGGCGUCGUGUGUGUGUGUGUAUGUGUGUGUGUUUUCUCUGGCCUCUGUUCCUUUAAUAAACUCAUGGUUAUCUAGUGUAACAAAUGUCUCGCUGCCAUCAUCAAGUCCAGGCGAGGAGGGAGGAGUUUUUAAUGUUCAGUUUGUUCUGUGGAUCGAUGUCUGCUGGCAUCGCCUGCUGCACCGUGCGUAACAAGCCGAACCAGAACCACACGCUUUUUACGCGCAUUUAAUCCACCGAAAAGUGCGCGCGGACUGACUGACACACGUCGAUCAACCUCUGCGGCGCUGAUGGACAAAAACGGAUGGUGAGAAGAGACGAUCCGCAGCCCGGAGGAGGAAGAAGAGGAGGAGGAAGGUGAAAGAAGAGAAGGAAGAAGCCCGAUUUGACAUCUGUUUGUGGCUUUCAGCUCGAUUCCUUCCUGGAUUUUUUUUAUAUCCCGGGAGAGACCAAACAAGUCGAAGAGCCGAGAUAAAGACUCACACACUCAGUGUGUGUAUUCAUGGACUAUCGUAGACCGCAUUCAGAUUUCACCUGGGUGGUUCUGGUGGUUCUGUGGUGAACUGAAGAGACAGAAAGAGAAAAUGCCGCGGAGGAAACAGCAGGCACCCAAACGGGCUGCGGUGUACAUGCCUGAUGAAGAUGCUGCCCUCCAGGAUUGCAUCACUGAAGAAGAUGGCGAGAACGAUCCACAGACUGAAGAGGAAUGCUCAGAGAAAACCAGCCCCAAAAUGUCUGAGGACAGAGAGCUGGACAACAAGAGCACCAACACCUUCAGCAACCAGAACUCGCCUAUCAGUGUCCUUUCCAAUCAAGAGGCAGAGCUGGAGUCGCGCCUUAGCGACAGCAGCGACAGACUUUCAGACUUCAAAACCUCAUCACCACCUCAGAGCCACAGAGAAGAAGAAAGUCGCAGCUCAAAGCUUAAAGACGAGAUGGGCAGCAGCUUGGAGAAAAUGAGGGCAGCCUAUGCAAACUUCCUGUCAGAUUCCUACUGGACGGGGAUCGGGAUGGAUUUGAAAAUGGGUAAAAACACCAGCAAAGCCAACUGUGACAGCACCAAUGGAAGCACCAAGAGUGAAUUUGACUGGCACCAGGAUGCACUCUCCAAGACCUUGCAGCAGACUCUCUCCCCAAAACCUGCAUCCAAACCCAACCUUUUCAGCUCUGUCCACCUGUAUAGGCAGACCACCAAACCGUGUGGCUCCGUGUUCACUGGGGCUAGCCGUUUCCGCUGUAAGGACUGUAGUGCUGCUUAUGACACGCUGGUGGAGCUGACCGUUCACAUGAACAAGACUGGACACUACCAAGACAACAACCACAGCAAGCAGAGCAACUCCUCCUCCUCCUCCUCCAAAUCCAGGAAACGAAAUCUGCAAGACAUGGAGGGUAAAGAGGAUGCGCAGAAAGUUUUAAAAUGCAUGUUCUGUGGCCAUUCUUUUGACUCGCUGCAGGAUCUGAGUGUUCAUAUGAUUAAAACUAAGCAUUACCAAAAAGUGCCUUUAAAAGAGCCAAUUCCAGUUAUCACACCCAAAUUACUGCCACCAGCCAAGAAACGGGCCUUUGAAACAACGAGACCUUGCUCCCCAGACUCUACGACCGGAGUAUCCGGCUUCACUGAGGCACAGCGUGCUGCCACCAUUUCUAAUGCUAACAAUAACCGCUAUGGAUAUCAGAACGGAGCCAGUUACACGUGGCAAUUUGAGACAUGCAAGUCUCAGAUUCUCAAAUGCAUGGAGUGCGGAAGCUCCCAUGACACCCUGCAGCAACUCACUACACACAUGAUGGUCACCGGACACUUCAUCAAAGUCACAAACUCAGCUUCAAAAAAGGGCAAGCAGUUAGCGCUCGACCCCCUGGCCGUAGAGAAGAUCCAGGGUUUAGCCGAGCCCGCUGCCAGUGACACUGAGGGAGAAAAAGUGUCUCCAAAAAAUCCAUCACCUGGGAGCAGUGAAACAGAGAGUCAGGGGGAAGGCUCAUCAGACAAAAUGGAAGAAACUGAAACUAAAGAUGACAAGCAAGACAGCGAGGAUCAAAAAACAGGGAAUGGGGCUUUUAAGUACCCUUAUCUCCGUGAGGAGGAUCUUGAACAAGACUCAGGUGGAGGAGGGGAUAUCCUUAAAUCUUUAGCCAAUACAGUGGCCUCCGCCAUCAAUAAAGCUCAAACAGGGACCCCGAGCUGGAGUGCCUACCCAAGCAUUCACGCUGCUUAUCAGCUCUCUGGCAUCAUCAAAAGUGCCCCUCUAUCUGCGUCUCCCCCUUCUCUGCUCAAGCAGACAUUUAACCACAAGCUGAGGCCGAUCGCCCCAAAGGCGAAGCUGUACCACAGUGUUGUGGGAGCUGAGGCUCCCCAGGGACAGCAUGAAAAUGUGGACAUCAAAAAAGAAAAGGUUGGCAUUAGCGAUGGUAAAGAAAGUCAGAAUAUUAAGUUAGAUCUGGUGGAGAAUGAUGACAGCGAUUGUCAGGAUGAUUCCUCUUCCUCUUCAAAGCUUGAUGCAGACUGUGUGAAUGAAGGGAGCGAAGCGAUCAAAGGGAAGCUGAGCCCAGAUUUCUCUGACAGAGGCAAGACACCGAGCCCCACUGCCAGCAAUGGACGCAGCACUACUUCAGAGCCUCUUAGUGACACUCCAGAUAUACUUGGCAUAAACCCUCUUAGUGCACUACAGUCAGUUCUGAACAAUCAUCUAGGAAAAGCAAAUAAGCCCAACAACUCCAGAGUAGAUAAACUAUCUGCACACACACAAUCUGUUUUUGCUGAGAUUAACCGUACCAAUGAGAAACCGGCUUUAAUGCUCGGAGGUCCUUUAAGAAACCGGCCUAAUAACAGCUUUCUCUUUGUUAGUGAUGACCAGCCAAUAGACCUGACCAAAUCUAAGCACAGCAAGGUCAGCUCCUUGCUGCUCCAGCCCUCCACCCCGAUGCUGCAGAAAUAUGCUCUGUCUGACAUUGCAGAUAUGGUUAAAGUUCUUCCAAAAGCUACCACACCGAAACCCUCCAUACCGUCCAGGAUUCCCACCAUGAAACUGGAAUCAGACGUCAGGCGUUUUGAGGACGUGUCGGCCGAGGUAUACUCCGUCCACAAGCGCAAAGGCAGACAGUCCAACUGGAAUCCUCGCCACCUUCUCAUCCUGCAAGCUCAGUUCGCCUCCAGCCUGUUCCAGACCUCCGAGGGAAAGUAUUUGCUCUCAGAUCUCGGCCCUCAAGAACGAAUGCACAUCUCCAAGUUCACCGGAUUGUCGAUGACCACCAUAAGCCACUGGUUAGCAAAUGUAAAAUACCAACUGCGGAAAACAGGAGGGACCAAAUUCCUGAAGAACAUGGACACAGGUUACCCAGUCUUCUAUUGCAAUGACUGCGCUUCCCAGUUUAGGUCACCAGCCGCAUUCAUUUCCCACCUGGAAUCCCAUCUCGGGUUCCAAAUCAAAGACAUGUGCAAAAUGCCAGUGGAGCACCAGACAAAGGUGGAAGAGCCAGAACUGUCCAAGGCCCUCAGCGUCAGAGCUAACGAGGCUUUGGUCGCAGAGGAGGACAUUGACUCAAAGUUCAAAUGUAAGCUCUGCUGUCGGACAUUUGCAAGUAAUCAUGCAGUCAAGCUCCAUUUGAGUAAAACUCACAGCAAAUCCCCCGACAACCAUUCACAGUAUGUGGAAAUGGACAAGGAGUAGCUUUUCAUUUUAUUGUUGUCACUUUUUUCCAUUUUUUUAAUUUUACCCUUUUCAUUUUAAUACACGGGUCAGAUAUUUCAAUGAUUUUUUGAUUAGCAUUGUGUAGUGUGCUUCAUUACGACAGAGGAGUACAGCAAAGACACACUGAUUAGAGAUGAUGUAAGGAAACACUAAGAGAAACUUUUGCACCCUGCUCAGAUGCACCACCAGUAAUGAAAUGUAUUACUGCUUGAAGAAACAUAAUUGCUGAUGUUUGCAUGCAAUAGCCCUGGCUAUGACUACUAUUUAUUUGUAUAUGUCAAGUUUCAAUUGUAUUUCAAAGACAAAAUAAUGAACUAAUUGAACUACUUGUACAACUUCUGAUGCAGUCCACCUGCACAGACGUGCAGCUGAUUAAGCAGGUUGCCCGACACAUCACCACACACGCAGGCCUGUACAGUGUAUCGCUAAUGUAAAGAUGUUUUGUGUUGCAAAUGUAGAAGAAGAAAAAAAAGCACUUUAAUAAAUGUUUAAUCACCAGUUUAGAUGCCAAUUCUGUACAUGAUUUAAAAACAAUUAGACUGUUUGGAAACAAAGAUAUUUCAUGUAAAUAUGUUUUAGGAGAAAAACAGUGACUUUCAUGCAACAACGAUAACAAAACAAAAACAGACGACACCUGUGAUACCUGCACCUUUUUUUACUUAUUCAAAUAAAGAAUUAACAUUU